GUGAACGCGUUCGAUUUUUUUGACGCGCGCGAUACACGCGGAGAAAAUUUGAGAGACGCUCGCGCCGUCCUCAUUCGCGAGGAAGAAGAAAGUCGACAACUCGUUUCGUAAAAUGAAAAAUCGCCGCGCGAGUGACGGUAAAUAUAUAAAUAAAACCGAAGAGGAUGCGUAUGAAUUAUUAUUAUCAUAGAAAAUAAAGCCUGCUUUGAACUCGUUUUAUAUGUAGGUUUAUGACCGAAUAAUACUCAAUUAAUGACUAAAUAAGGUUUUCAAACAAGUUGUCGCAAUUUAUGUACGUAUUCGGAGGAAAAUCGCUCGGCGCGAGCCAAAUUUCCUGAUUGCUCCCGGGGCGGCGAUUAUGAAGAAGUGGACGGCGAGGCCGUAACGAGAGACGGGUCGCGUGUGACAAAAAAUGCCGACUCGUUACACAUUUCUCAAACAGAUCGAUUACUUACCUAUGCCGAACGAGGGUUCAUCCGACUCCUGCAGCUCACCAAGUCCGGACUACACCCUCACGACCCUCCAGCCGGGAACGUCGCAGACCUACGCGAACGCGGAGUGGGUCCACUACGGCGAAAACAACAACCUAUACGCCUACCCUCAUCAUCAGCCGCCACCCCCAGGCAACAUGAACUACGGCCAGGACUGCUACAAGUCCGCCUACGACAACCGCUACAAACGGGACAAGGGCGGCGUCCCCCAGGCCGGCAUGGACGUCAUGAAGAAGCGACGGCUCGCGGCGAACGCGCGCGAGCGACGCCGCAUGAACAGCCUAAACGACGCGUUCGAUCGGCUCAGGGACGUCGUCCCGUCGCUCGGCAACGAUCGAAAGCUCUCCAAAUUCGAAACCCUCCAAAUGGCACAAACUUACAUCUCCGCCCUACGCGAACUCCUCCAAAGGGACUAGCUCAGCCCCGCGCUCCAAGUGUACCUUCCCUAGUUGAAUAAGUGCAAUAAUGUCGUGCAAUAUUUUUUUUUUUGUAAAAAGAAGUGAUAUUUAGUUAGUGAUAUUGGCUUUGUUUUACGUGGUAAAGGAUACAGUAUUAAGAGGUUCAUCCUUCGUGCAAUAUUUAAACAUAAUUAUUUAUUUUGUUCCUAAUGUUGAACACUUCCAGUAUCUCUCUUUAGGAUUAGAAAAUGUUCCUUUUUGUGCAUUUUUAAAUAUUUUUUAUACCAAAU